AUGAAAUCUUGGACCAAAGCAAUCCUCUCUCUGGCACUCUUAUCGCCCCUCAUUUGCGCUAAGGCAUUAUGGCCAAAGCCUUCCAGUGGAAGCUUCAACAUCGAGGACUUCACCUUUGACUCUGGCGAGAUCAUCGACUCCCUGAACAUCAGCUACCAGACCCUCGGUGAGCUAAAAGUCAAUUCCGAUGGAUCCAACAACGCCGUUGUUCUCCUCCAUGGAACUACUGGUUCUAGCGCCCAGUUUCUCGUGGAAGAGUUCGCUGGUGCCCUUUUCAACCCAGGCCAGCCUCUCGACGCCAACGAGUACUUCAUCAUCAUGCGCGAUGCCAUCGGUCACGGGAACUCAAGUAAGCCUAGCAACACUGGCCUUCGCGCCUCGUUUCCGAAGUAUCAGUAUCCUGACAUGAUUCGUGCGGACCACUUCCUUUUGACUGAGCACUUCAAACUUAACCGGACCCGUCUGACGCUUGGUGUUUCGAUGGGCGGUAUGCACACUUGGAUGAUGGGCGGAGAAUAUCCAGGCUUUUCGGAUGCCUUGAUGCCUAUUGCUUCCUUCCCAGUUGAGAUAGCUGGCCAUAAUCGGCUGUUUCGGAAGUUCAUCACUGAGCUUAUCACCAUUGAUCCAGCAUGGAAAGGUGGCGAUUAUGAGAAGCAGCCAGCUGCUGGCCUUGGAGGUGCACUCAUGAUUCAACUUGUUCUUCUCUCGUCGCCUUCAUACUGGCAGCGAGCAUUCCCAACCCGUGAGGCCGUCAAUAACUACGUUGACGAGCACAUCAUUCCUCACCUGGAAGGGUACGAUGCCAAUGAUCAGCUCUAUGCUUGGAACGCAUCACAGACGUACAAUCCAAAGGUCGGUCUUAAGAAUAUCAGGGUUCCUUUGACUGCUGUCAAUACCGCCGAUGACUUGCUGAACCCAAUCGAACUCGGAUUCUUGGAGGAUGGUGUCGCUAACGACAUGACGCCUGGAUAUGGCCGAGCAGUCACUAUUCCUGCAAGCAAUGAGACUACUGGACAUGAUAGCUACAUCAUGGCUGUUCUUUGGAAAAUUGAGCUUGAGAAGCUCCUCGCUCGGUCAGCUGCGUAA